AUGUUAGCUGUACUGUUGGUCUUGCUUUUGCCGACUUACACGUUGUCAAAGACAGUCGUGCUAACUGUUCGAGAGAAUUUCACGCAAUCAUGUCCAAAUGUGAAGUCUGACAUUAUUGAUCGAUCGUCAGUGAAAUUCACAUUCGAUAUGAUCUCAAACGAAGACGAUGAGAAUGAUGAUGAAGAGUCGAGCAGUGAUCAAGUGAUCCUCACCGAUGUUAACGGUAAAUCGCGUUCAAUCACGUUUCCCGGUUGUUACCGCGUGAAACUCUCGUUCAAAAUGAACCGACCUAUAGAAAAUCCGUACAUCGAAGCAUUCCUGCAAUUGGGUCAGAACAUACCGUGUCGUGCUGAAGGACGUACUGCCGUGUCAAGUAUAUGUACAAAUAUCACCAAAACAAACUGGUGUCCUCAAAGUGCGAAUAAUCAGCUGAGAAAUAUGCUGACCAAUAAGCAGACGUGUCAGUUCUGUCACAUUUGUGAUACAAUCAAGGAGGAGGUUAACAGAGAAACCAGUGAAUGGAAAGAAUACGUGUUCAAUGAAGGAUCGGAAAAAUGUGAUGCUACACAGGGCAGGCAGACAUUGCGCUUCAAGAUGUGCGCACCUUCGCGUCGUGAAGUUAAUGAAAAGCACGGUGACGCUCGUGAUAAGCUACAAGAGUACUGGAACUAUCUAAAGCAGGGUAUUCUGACAGCCGUCGUACAUGUAAUGGACCGGUCGGAAUUGGACAACUCUAAGCGUCAACAGUGCCAUAAAAUGUGCAGCACAUAUUCAAACAAGCGUGGGAUCAGUAGCAGUUAUCGGAAUACACUGCUGAAAUCAAUCGAAUCGCUGUGCACGCCGAAGGAUACAUAUGCAGCUUGCGUCUACCACACGGUGAAGUUCGACAUAAAUGGAGAUUUCUGA